AUGCCCCUCAUCGCUGCCACCUGGUCGCUGCAGAGCACCGCCUCCAACGCGGCGGAAUUCUCCUUCGGUCUCCAGCAGGAGGGUGGCGAAUCCGUCUUCGAGGACGAGCGCCCACUCGUCGCACCCAUGCACUUUGCACGCGGGGGCAAAUACCGCUGCGAGCAGCCCGACGACUCGCGUCAUGCAAUGGGCACGGGAUGGCUGAUCCGGGACGACCUGCUGGUGACAGCGGGACACUGCGCGUACGACUGGAAGGACAGCUUCGGGCGAGCCAGCGAGUUCCGGCACGGGGUGCGCAUCGUCACAGCCGAGGGGUGGCUGCAGUCAUCGGCGAACCGACACAACGACGUGGCGUGCAUCCAGCUGAACGCGCCGUUCACGGGCGUCGUGCCGUUCCAGUUCGCCGACACGCCGCUGGCUGGGUCUGACUCGAUCGGCGUCGUCGGCAACCCCGGUGACAUGCGCUUCAAGGGGGAGCCUGGCGCGCAGAUGUACGAGGAGUUCAAGGCCGUGCAAUUGAUACCUACAAGGAAACUGAUGAGGUCAGGCCAAUCCGGCUCCCCCGUCCUCCUGGAGCACCAACCUCACAUCUCCAUCGGCGCUCACGUCUACGGCGACGUCGGCAACAACUCCGCUAGCCCCAUCGACUCCGACUCCGGCCUCCUUCUCGGCAAUCCCUACGCCGACUACAUCAGCGUCUUCGACCCGCAGACACAGUAUGCCGUACAGAAAUCCGGCCCCAGCACUGGGAUCCAGUAUCUGGUCCUCGAUCGCCUCGGCCACCGGCAGACCCGCUCCUCGGAAGAGAACUUCUGGGACAACCUCAAGGACGUGCUGCACGUCGGCGCGCCCAUCGUCCCGGGGGGGAUUGAAGACCUGUCUGCUGCGGCGUCGUCGCCGGGCUCGGCACAAGAGAGCAUCCUCGCUGAGGCGGCGCCGCAGGCGUUCCUGGAGGCGGACGCGGAGAAGAUAAAGGAGAUGGGCAUCAGCACCAAGAUCAUGGUCGAGUACCAGAAGGCUGCGGCCGAUGCCGAGGCCGUCGCAGCCAAGGUGCUCCCCACGGUGGUCAUGCCCGCCGCGCUGCACGUCACGCAGGAUGCUCUGGCCGGCACCAGCACAGAGUCCAGCAUGGUGACGUUCGGAACCGCGUCCGCGGCUAGGGUAUCGGCGCUCAGCAAUGGGUUCUCCUCGCCUUCGUUUGCGGCGUACUCGACUACCAUUGCUUCAUCUGGUGAUGCCGGUAGUGCGGACGCCUUCACGAUGCAUCUUGUGCGGUCGGCGCAGCGGAGACAGGUGAUGAGAGCUUCUGGAUUUAUUCCCAAGGCCAAAACGGAGAGUGCCUUCGAUAUCGAGGAGGCGCCUAUGGAUCAGCAUAUGAAGAUCCUCGGUCGCCGUGCGCUGUUGGCGGGCGCGACGCUGCGCGUGCUCCGCGAUUUGCCCUCGAACCAGCUCAAUCAGCUGGAGCAGCUGCCCUGUCCGGCUCCCACGGUGCACCACGGCCUGGGCGAGCACGAGGGCGGCGACUCGAAGAGCUUCUUCACGGCGAUCCAAUCGGCGGCGCAGAAGAUUGCUCCGGCUGUGAUCAAGUAUGCUCCGGUUGUGGUGUGGCUGUGCGCCCGGUUAUUGCGGCGUUGGCGGCCCCGAAGCAGCAACAGCAGCAGCAGACGGAGGGCAUGGUGA